AUGAUUACAAUACCAGAGUUUUAUAGCAAUCGAGAUGUUUUUAUUACCGGUGCUACUGGAUUUGUUGGUAAAGUGUUAAUUGAAAAACUGGUUCGUUCCUGUCCGAAAAUUAAGCGCGUGUUCUUGUUGCUUCGAGAAAAACGUUCAAAGUCUAUCAGCACAAGAUUGGAGGAAAUUAAAAACACGCCUUUAUUUGAAAAGUUAAGGAAAGAAUCUCCGGAAAGUCUCGACAAAAUUAUUGCAGUUGAAGGAGAUGUCGGUGUAUCAGGAUUAGGUCUCUCGAGUGAAUCUCUUGAACUGCUCAAAGAUGUUUCUGUAAUAUUUCAUUCAGCUGCUUCUGUGAGAUUUGAUGAUAUUUUAAAAUCAGCGAUUAUACUUAAUACGAGGGGAACUCACGAAACGAUUAAAUUUGCGUUGACACUUCAACAUGUCGCAGCAUUUGUUCACAUUUCUACGACUUAUUGUUACCCUGAUCAAAGUUUCAUCGGUGAACAGACUUAUCCAGCUCAAGGCGAGUGGAAGCGCGUCGUUCAGAUAGCAGAACAUUUUGAUACGGAAACGUUGGAAACUUUAAUGCCACAUUUGACCAAUUUCAGUCCCAACUCAUACACAUAUACGAAAGCUCUCUCUGAGCAAAUCUGUGAUGACUAUAAAAACCAAAUUCCAAUUACAAUCGUUCGUCCGUCGAUUGUAACGGGCUCUGAAAAAGAGCCGAUUACGGGAUGGUGUGACAAUUUUAAUGGACCUGUUGGUCUGUUAUGUGCCUGUGGGAUUGGAAUCAUGCGAACGAUGUAUGCAUCAAACACGGCCGAGUUGAAUUGCGUUGCUGUCGAUUUGGUUGCUAAAACAUUAAUUGUCGCCGGGUGGAAGUGUGCAAUCGACAAUAAAAAGGACAGCGGCCAGAGACGUUCAUCUAAUGAGAUUCUGAAUGACAAGCAAUUGUCCGUUUACAAUUGUGCAUCCCAACACAAUAUGGAUUUGAACUUGCUUGUAUACGAUGGAGCGUAUUUGAUUAGAAACUAUCCAUUCGAGCGUUUCGUGUGGUUACCCGGGGGUGGCGUGACGCUCUGCAAAGUCAUGAACUCUUUUCGGAUUGUCUGUUUUCAACUUCUGCCGGCCUUGCUUUUGGAUCAGAUUCUACAAUUGUUAGGGAAAAAACCGAUGCUAAUGAGACUCCAAAGGAAAAUUGCACAUGCCUCCGAAGCUCUGCAAAUUUUCAUCUUUUCCGACUGGAAUUUCGGAGUUGAGAAUUUCAAAGGAUUAAAUAAAGUUUUAUUACCCAGUGACGAUAUGGAUUUCAACAUGUCACGCAGCGUGCCCGACAUCUUUGAUUAUUAUGUGCACCAAAUUCAGGGCGCCCGAAGAUAUCUGAUGAAAGAACCCGAUUCUUCAAUUCCUGCUUCAAAACGACGACUGAUGAGAAUCAUGAUUAUUGAUCGAGUUCUCAGAUGUUUGCUAUUCUGUUGGAUUUUCUAUAAGAUCUUCAUGAGAUACAAUUUAUUUGGAUUCAAAGAUUUCAUAUCAGAAUCGUUUAAUGGAACAAGUAUUGCGACAUUUUAACAAUAUUUCGAGGAUUGGAACUUUUUUUUCACUUUGUUGAUGUUUUGUUUGUGCAUGUGUUGUCAAU